AUGGUCCGAAUCAUCGGAAACACCACUGCACUUCGGCGCAUCACUCUCGAGAAGCGCGAGGAGCUUCUGAUGUACAAGGAGGUCAUCUUUGAGAUACUCUCUAAGAUAGACAAGCAUGGAUUGGCCACAAGCGUCUAUGCGCCUCCUGGUGCUGAUCUUGCGGAUAAGCUGCACCGCGAGAAGCUACAGGCAAAGAAAGAUACUCUGAUGCCUAUGCGCACUGUCUGCCAUCAAUCCAAGGACGAGAAUGCCGCUUGUGGUACAGACGCUCCUUCUUGUGAAGUUCGACGUCUCGCUCCGACUGAGUCCAAGCCUAUGAAAGAUGACAAGAGAACCAUGGAGCCUAACACAGGUAGCAAGGUCGAAGCCACUGGCAUUCAUCAUUUUCCUGGUGUCAUUGAACCUCAGCCAUCUGUCUCCCUUCGUUGCCGGGAUUCGAUUGAUAACAAGGACAAGGGAACUGCUGAUGUCAAGGCAGAUGAGAAGGCCAAGUCUGCUCGGACCUCUGUUCUGUCUAGAGCUGCUGCAUCCUUCGUUCCUUGCAACGAUCAUGCUCCUAAGCCCAUGGAGGCUGAUAGCAAUGAAGAGAAUGCGUCGACCAAAUCAACCGAAGAACCUGAGUCUGGUGUUGGAAAGGAACCACUUGUUUCUCGUCUCAAGAGCUCUCGCUCUCAGGGUGUUGCUAAUCCAAGCGAUUUCAUGGCGCAAUUCCAUAAGCUGCGCAAGCAGAAAGAGAAAGCAGCCAAGGCUGCUGCCGCCGGGCCUGUCCGUCGUGUUGUCUUUAGCAAUCUUCCGGAGUGGGCAACUAUUUCCAGUAUCUUGCAGCUUGUCUAUGGUGGUGCGAUCGAACGAGCCUGGACUGAGGAUGGGGAUAUCGUUGUGCAGUUUGUAAAGAAGUCGGACUGCGAGCGGUAUCACGAGGAGCAUUCAAGUGGGAUCAAUUAUGUGACUGGCGAUGGCGAGCAGGCCACUAUUUCUGUUACUUUGCCCGAGGACGGUCUGCCUGACAAUGUUGAGCUCUCGGCCCGUGUUGCAGAGGGUGCCUCGCGUGUUGUUCGCCUUGCAGGUCUCCCUGCUGGCCACAAGGAUAGCGACAGCAACUCUAUCCUGGGUGUGGUUUCGCAGCCUGGCUGGGAAGGUAAAAUGUUUGAGCGUGUUUUGAUCACACAGGCCGGUUGUGGCGUGGAUGUCGCCGUUACUUUCUACGACCUGCAUGAUGGCUGGCAGUUUUUGCAAGACAUCAUGGAAGGAACUUACGACUGCCUUGCCAAGUACGAGGUUGACCCCUGCGCUCGUGCUUCGACCUACCACUUUAUCGAGGAGCCCAACCCCGCGUUCGAGUUUGUCACGGACAUGGAUUAG